CAUAUCACAUAUGCACUCCUUUAGCAGCAUUUAUACUCUCACUCUUUCUCCUCCUCCUCUCACCAUCCUUUAUAUAUACACUCCAUCUUCUCUAUCUCUCCCUCCUCUUCCCUCACCAAUCACCCUCCUCUCUCCUAUCGUUUCGCUUCCUCGUUCGCUCGAUAUCACUUUCUUUAUCUAUGAUGACCUCGUCGAAUGAUCAUCUUUUUCAUAACCUACCACCACGGCCAAUUACAACAGAGAGAACAUGGAGUAAUGCCCAUGUUGUUCCUGCUCCUAACUGCCCGCGUUGUGCUUCGUCCAACACAAAAUUCUGUUAUUAUAACAAUUACAGUUUGUCACAACCAAGGUACUUCUGUAAGGGGUGCCGGAGAUACUGGACUAAGGGCGGGUCCCUUAGGAAUGUUCCUGUUGGUGGUGGCUGUCGUAAGAGCCGUCGAUCAAGGGCUUCCAGGGGAUUUUCUAGUACUUCAUCGGGCCCUCACUCGGACAAUCACCUGUCACCCAACUCGUCUUCAACUGGUUCCGAGUCUGGCUGUCCUGAUAUUGACAUGGCAGCAGUUUUUGCCAAGUUCUUGAACCCUGGACAAGACAAUGUCAAUGAAGAAAUGAAUGAGGCAAUAACAAACACAUCUUCUGAUGCUUCUUAUGGUUCUCCAAUAUCCAGCUCUUGUGGGCUUGAAAAUAAUUUGGAGUAUGAGAAGUUAGCUGAUGAUAUUUUCGAUCUUGUACCAUCUGAUCAUCACCCACAUCUUCAAACAGAAGAGGUGAAUCAAGGUUUCAUUAGCCCUGAUUUGACCUCUUUCGAUGAUCUCAUAGAAGAUGUUUUCUGGUCAGAAGACACUAAUUUUUCUGGCUUCACAUGGCAGCCGGUAGCUCAGAUACAGGAAUUCAAUUCACCGAUUCCACCAGCUGAUGAAUUACAGAACUCAACAAAUCUGUUCUCCAGUGAUAACUGGAGUUACUUCGAUAGCACAGGAUUUGAAGUAUUUUCUGGGCCUUGACAAUCCAUGAAGAUGGAAAAUUUUAACAUCAUAAUUCAGCUCCUGCUGCUUGAAGCCUUAAAUUACAAUUCACAGGAAUUUAUGGCUUCAGGGGUAUAUAGUAAUCGGCGAAUGCUUUGUCUAACAUUUUUUUCCUAAGCUACGGUAGAUCCUCCCACUCUUGUAAUCCUGCAAGAAUUAUUUGGUAUAUAAAAUACCUAUACUCUGAAAAGCAAUAAAUUUAACAUACUCAUAAUCGGAAGAUAACAGCGUCUGAGAAUAUUAUCUUCCAAGAAUUCUGAUGUGCAUAACAGGAUCGCAUAUGUUAAUCAAUAGUACAGUACUCAAUAAUAUAUCUAAGCUAUGACUGAAGCCUUUUUUUUUUUUUUUUUUUUUUAUAUCCUUUUCUCAUUUUUCCUUCUCUGGUAAUUCUCUUUCACACAAUAUGCCAGAAUGUGACUAAUUCCCAUAUCUCGAAAGUCGAAACACUUAUUAGUCAAGACCAAGGGCAGCCUAAUCUCUAUAAGAUGCACGUGGAUCUCUAUAGUUAUGACCAAUGUGACUAAACGUCAGACUAAUGCAGAAUUGUCAAGUAGGGACUUGGUGUGUGGUAGUCAAGAUGCUGGAUAAAAGUUUAAUGCAUCAGUGUCUGUUAUGACUCCCAACAGACCAAUAUACCAGACUAUUAGAUCAGAAAAUCCCUGACAAGGGGAGAAUGUACAGUAUACAACUAUUGGCUCAUGGAGCUCGCGUAGACAUUUGUUUGGUAUACGUGAGUGAUUUGAAAGAAGUUAAGAGCCAUCAACGUCUUCCCCAAAAGAAUCUCUUAAGUACCUGCACUACACAAAGUCAUACAGUCAAUUGCUUUCGUAUAUGGUUAAGAACACAUGUGAAUAAGACGCCGGGCGGGGCCAAAGUCAUUAAAUC